AUGAUGACGAAUAUUCCGGAGGAUGGGUUUGAGGACGCGAUCGAAUUGGAGGAGACGGAGAAUAUGCAGGACAUUCCGUUGAUGUCUCCGAUGGGAAAGGAUGCGUUGAUUUAUCAUUUGGAUGAUAUAAACGACGUGGAUUUGUCGAUGGAUGCAAACUCGGAAGAGUUGAGUGGACAGAAGCAGAAAUCGAUCCACAAAGAAGAAAAGGACAAUAUCCUUUUGUUUUAUGUUGAAUUGGGUCAGGAUUCGCUUCUGUUGAACGGCAACUAUGGAGUGAUUAUGAAUCUGAUCAAUCUCUUCGAAUAUGGCUGGCGUGUCAAAGCCCUUGUGAACAGCGUGAUUCAAGACCAGUCUUCCUAUUACAAUCUCCUUUCAGACAUCGUGGCGGCGCGAAACAAUAUCAUGUUUUCGACGAACAACGUGAAUAAAGCUGCGUGGCAGGAGAUCGCAAUCAAGCUGCUGCGCAAGUAUUUCCUUCUCAUUGCUGUCGGGAUUUAUCUCCACGAAACGCAGAAUGACGAGAAGAAAAGCACGUUCGUUCAAUGGCUGGUGCAGAAGAGAGAAGUGCGCAACUUGUACGAGUCCAUCAAUCUGCAACACAUCGAUAAUUACCUCAGUAUCAACGGGGAUCGCAGUUCCUCGCUGACAACCGAUCUUUCCUUGGGCACUUCUGGAUAUCUGAACAUCCAUACGAUGCUUCUGCUUCAACAAAUCACCGACCAAGACAACGUGAUUAUCGCAGACCAGCUUUUAUUCGCUCCCAAAUUCUCCUCUCCUCUCUUUGGCUCCAUCUUCACGCCCACCCUCCCAAUCGAUUACAUCGUGUCUUCCUGGAAAUCACUUCCUUCCAAGGCUCCCAAAAUGUUCCAUAUCAUCAACAUUCAUCGCAGUCCCUGCGUUGUGAUCGACGGUGCGCUGUACUGUCUGCGUGACCGAGCCUCUCCUCUCAUGACAUCUCCUUCGUAUGCGAAUAUGGAGGGGAGAAACGACGUAUUGAAUCAAAUCGAAGUGUCGAUGGUUCGCGAAUUGGACGAAUUUGAUGGCGAAUGCAUCGCGCUGUUCGGAUUCAAUCCGCAGAGCCAGACGAUCGAUUCGUCGAAGAAGGUGCUGCAUAAGCAAACGAUCGCAACAUCGCAGUAG